GAGCAGACGACAUGCAAGCUAAGCAAAUUAGAAGCCGACAUUUUAGGUCGUCCGUUGGUACAUUAUUGAACGAGAAUUACGGAACCGCACUGUCUCCUGAAGCAACUGCAAGGAUCACCCACCAUCCAACAAGGCCGUCUGCUGGCACAGGAAAUGGCCAUACGGCCCCGACACGGAGUUUCAAUAAGCCCGCCACACCAUGUGGUGGAACCCCUCCGUACAAUGACCACAACAUACCGGACAGUGGACUAAUAAAGAGGAAUCGGUCAUCGGAUGGGUCAGAGGAAAGAUACUCAAGGAAUGAUUCCUUUCGAGAUGAGUUGCAUUCUGGACAACUUGCUUCAGAGAAUUCGACAUCGCAUGAUCGGCUCUCCGUUCGAUCAAAAAGAUCUGAUGUUUCGAAUGAUCGUACCUCUGCGACAGCUCAUUCCAGUAGAAG